CUUGAACAUAUCAACGGUAAAGGGUUAUCCGCCCAUGGGUGCGUUCGGGUCACCCCACAUAAGACAACCACGGGUCAUAUCACGGUCCAGAAGGGCGAUUGCUAUGAAUGUCUUGCCUAUGUCAUAGGUGGAAGAAUCUUCCGACCAGCAAUAGUACCGAUCAUCAACGCAGUCAAAACUAACUUUAAGUGUACGGUCAGAGACUCGACAGGGCCCAAGAAAUAUCAAGAGAAGGAUUGUCACCUACUACGUGCCCGCAGAGGUUCUCUUCACGGCCGAGCACUGAACUUCGCCGUGAGCAGACUGCUCAUCACCAACCACGCACUCUACCAAUCUUAUCCGUUGACAAAUAUCUUCCGCCCCAGCAUACGGGCCAUCAGAGAGAUGUACACGAAACUCGACCCCGACAAGCGCCAGAUCCGACUCGCAUCGAUACUCCCAGGACGAUGGUCCGAGAGUGUCUCCUGCAAUCUCAAGGUUGUCUCUCUUGACGAUAAACCAAAGUAUGAAGCGUUAUCAUAUACCUGGGGCGACCUGUCAAACAAGAUUCCCAUCUGUCUGGAAGAGUCGCGGUUUCUCGUGACGAAGAACUUACAUAUGGCACUUCGACGGUUGCGACGGGCCGCUGGGACGAGGGAUAUAUGGGUGGAUGCGUUGUGUAUUAAUCAGGAAGAUAAGCCCGAAAAAACAAGACAAAUCCAACUCAUGAAGGAGAUCUAUUCCUACGCCAGCGAAGUCCAAAUCUAUCUCGGCGAGAGCGGUGUACUGGAAACCAUACCGGAAGAAGAGCAGUCAACCUGGGCGGAUCCUCCACGCUUGUACUGGUGUGAAGAGAAAGACGUGCCCAGCUUUAAUGAUUACAAGACUUGGCAGACGAUGAGUGACGACCAGCUUUCCCAACUAAACCCUACGACCCGAUUGCGGCAGGCCAUCUCCAGUGCGUAUAUUGUGUUGAGUAUACUUGCUGACGCAGGAUGUUUGAGCAUGGCCCGUCUGGACGACGCGAAUUCGGAGGUGUGGUCUGAGACACUUGCGGUGCUGGGACAUAUCGCAGACAGUCCGUGGUGGCAGCGGGUGUGGGUUGUUGAAGAGGCUAUUCUAUCACAAACCGCGACUGUGAUCUAUGGUGAAGUAGUGGCGCCAUUGGAUAUUGUUGAAAGAGGAGGUUCGAUGAUCCAUGUGCAUAUGGAGCGAUGCUGCCGGGAUUUUUAUCGAAGCCUGCCCAAUUCUCUGCAGUCACAUUUACUGGCCAUUGGGCAACAUACGUCGGCCUUGGAAAUCCUCCGAAAAGAAUGGGGUUACUAUGCGGAUAAAGAGGCCGAGCGACUCCAGAGGUUUUUGGAAAUGACCCGUACCAGAGGUGCAUAUGAUGGUCGUGACAAGAUUUAUUCCCUUCUAGGUCUGACUAGAGAUUGCUCCGAACGGCUGUUUAUUGUACCUGAUUACACGGUGCCGGUAUCGGAGGUUUAUAUCCAAAUGGCCUGGCAAAUUAUACGACAAGCCAAUACCUUGGAGAUAUUAGCGACAGUUGAGAGGAAAGUCCCAAAUUCGGAAAUACCCACCUGGUGUCCCGACUGGCGGAGCAGGGGCAAUGGUGAGGAACGUGACCUUUGGGUGCAUUCGCGCUCCUGGAAGUUCAAUGCUGGUCCAUCAAAUGGGAGGGUAGCAGACCUCCAUAACCGAGUUCUAGCUGUCCGCGGUGUCCACGUUGAUGUAGUUGCUAAGACAGCCCCACCUCUCUCGCAAGACGAGCCACUAGCCCCCCGACUAGACGAAUUCGCCCACAUGGCUCGCUACUACGCCGACGCCCUAUGCCCGUAUACCAGAGGGGGCGCAGUGAAAGAAGCGUUUUGGCGCACGAUGCUGAAUGAUGCUCUUGAGACCAAGCCAAACGAACAUAUGCAGCUGAUGGCCGAGGAUGAAAGCUUCUUUGUGUGGUGGAGGAGGUUGAGAGACCGGGGAGGUGUCGGAGAAGUCUAUGAUCCCUUUCAGGAGCACUUGAGGGCUAUUGCCCGAUCGUUUUGGCUUCCGAAUGAUAAUAGGGCCUUCUUUACUACGCAGAAAGGGUAUAUGGGAUUUGGGCCGCCGGAUAUGAAGCCGGGGGAUGUGGUGGCGGUAUUGCUCGGGAGUAGGAUGCCUUUUGUUCUUCGACAGAUGCCAGCCACUUGCUGUGUGGGUGAUGGUGGACAGGGCAGGAAAUACUGUUCUGUUGUUGGGUAUUGCUAUCUGCAUGGGGUGAUGAAUGGCCAGGCAGUUGGUAAGGAUGCGACCAUCUGUGGUAUUAAUCUUGUUUGA